AUGUUUAUCACAUCCGUUGCCUAUGACUACUACAAGGGCUUCGUAACGGCCUUUAUUGAAAUUACGGAUAACACUGAUGUCAUGGUUUUUGGUAAACCAAACUUGAAGAAAAUUAUACCUAUGGUGAAUAUCAUUGCUCUUAUUGAAAGUAUCUUGGCAGUAAUUUUCUUCAUUCUAGUUGCUAUUCGUGCUUCUGUUACUUCAAUGUCAAUGUUUAUUGUUUUUGUUCCACUUGAAAUUUUCUUCCUUUUCAUGUUAGGUUUGAUGAUGGUUAUUUUCUUCUCUUUUGUGAUAACAGCAUUUAGGUUUACCAGGAAAGUUUAUUGGAUUGUUGCCUAUUGUUUCAUCUUCCCAAUUGUUUUUAUUAACUUGUGUCUUUUCUUUGGUAUGCCAAUCUUGGUUUCUAUUCUCUUCCCAUUGCAAGAAAUCAAAGUACUUCAAGGUCAAAAAGCUUGGGAUGUGUCAUUGUUUUUAGUUCUCUGGCUCGUUGGUGGUUUAUUGAAAGCAUUCGUUAGACCAAGUGAAGACGACAGCAACCCAUAUCAACAUGAUAACAAGAACGUCACUUUUACAGCAAUCUACGUCUGUGUUCUCUUCUUGAUUGCUGUUUUUAUUUUCUUGAUUUCUGCUAGAUUGGAUGGUACUGUUCCAUUCUCUACAACAACACCUUUCCCAUCUGUAUCAUAUUGGAUUGUUUUCAUUCCAAUAUUUGUUAUUUGGGCAAUUGGUACAAUUCUCUAUUCUAUCAAGGCAUUCUUGGAAUUGAAAUUGGUCUACAAGAAGGGUGAUGUUAACGGAGAUGGUAUUUUCAAGUCAAUCUUCUACAUUGGAAUGAUUGUCUUCCUCUUCUUGUCACUCAUCACAUCCAUUUUAUUGUGUGUCAAGCUUUCACUUUCUGCUGAAGAACAAGACAAAUUCUCUCUUGGAUGGUGUUUCUUACCUUUCAUUUUGGGCUUUUUCACAAUUGCUUGUUGUUGUUCAAUUCCAUUCUUCCCUCAAUUCCGUAAAGUUAAAUCAGCUGCUUUGAAGAAUAGUGUCACUAACGAAGUUGAAGAAGCUGCCGAAAAAGAAAUGCAAUGUUUCCUUUAAAAAGGAAAAUCAAGACAACUCAGAUUGUCAGUGUAUGAUAUUACUUAAUAUUAAAUAAAAUUAUUCUUCAAUUAUUUAC